AAUAUGAAGCGCUCUUGUGCGGUCCUAGCAGCCGGGAUGAACGCGAUGAAACUAAGAAUAAAGUGUGAUUCGAAGUUGGUGGUUGGCCAUGUCUCGGGGGAGUUCGAGGCGAAGGACGAAAGAAUGAAGAAAUACAGAGAUACGGCCUUGGAACUCCUUAAAAGCUUCACCGCAUAUAGUGUUGAGAAGAUUCCCCGGGCGGAGAAUGCCGAGGCAGAUAUCUUGUCAAAGCUGAGCUCGGAUACGCCCGAGCAUAUCAGGCGGAUGGCGAACGUGGAAGAGUUGUCGGAGCCGAGCAUCCACGCCUUCCCCGUGGCAAUGAUUUGUGCUCGGCCCAAAGAUUGGAUGGACGACAUAAUUGCCUUCCUAAAGGAUGGUGCCCUCCCGGAUGACGCAGUGAAGGCCAAGUUGGUCCGGACAAGGGCACUGGGGUAUACAUUGGAAGGCGAGAAGCUAUACAAGCGAGCGUACAACGGGACGCUACUCAGGUGCCUUAAACCAACUAAAGCGAAGCAAGUUAUGGAGGAGGAUUGCGCGGAGUUCGUAAAGAAGUGUAAAGUGUGCCAAGAGUUCCAGAAGGUACCGGGGAGGCCUUCAACGAAUUACACCCCCAUCAGCACAGCCAUUCCGUUCGCGCGAUGGGGGGUGGAUCUCGUGGGUGCACUCCCCAGGGGCACCGGGAACGUGAGGUACGUCAUCGUAGCCAUCGACUAUUUCACUAAGUGGGUGGAAGCAGCCCCAAUGGCAAGCAUCACCGGAGCUCAAUGCCUGAAGUUUCUCGCAAAGCAAGUCAUCUGCCGCUUCGGCGUCCCCGAGCACAUAAUUACAGACAAUGAGACACAAUUCGAGUCCAAGCCCUUCAAUACCAUCCUCGAGAGUUGGGGAAUCAAUCACAGCUAUGCGUCGGUCGGGUACCCUCAGACAAAUGGUCGGGUCGAGAACGCCAACCGAACGAUAAUUGAUGGUCUGAAACGGAAGUUGGAAGCCUGCGGAGGGGAGUGGGCUGAAGAAUUGCCUUACAUCCUAUGGACCUACCGGACCACGCCUAGGAGGGCAACCGGGGAAACCCCCUUCGUCUUGUGCUACAGAUUCGAGGCGAGGGCUCCUGCAGAGAUCUCUCUUACAACUCAUCGGGAGGAGAUCUUCGACCCCGAGCGUAACGAAGAAACCUUGGCAGCCGAGCUCCACCUCGGGCAUGAAAGGCGAGAAGCGGCCUUCAUACGGGCAGAAAAUUACCGAAGAAAGGUGAAAAGCUACCAUGACGGACGCGUGCGCGCACGAGGGUUUGCCGAAGGAGAUUGGGUGCUGCGCAAGAGAACAGUGAGCCGCCCCCUGGAAGGAGGGAAGUUCGCCAAAAAUUACGAAGGCCCAUACAUCAUCAAAGAAGUGGUGGGCCCUUCAACGUUCCGCCUGCAGACACCGAGGGGAGGGGACGUGCCCAGGACAUGGAACGCCGAGAACUUAGUUAAGUUUUAUCAGUAGACUUUUGAUGUACACGGACCUCAAAAAGGGAACCCGUAGGUCUUUUCGAUUGAACUCAAUGGAAUGGUUUUUUACGAAAAGAGCUCGAUUGAACACCCACAGAAGGAUGGGCCGAGCACAGACCAUACCC